CUUCUGGUGUGGCAGCGGCACGUGCACCGAGACGUUUCGAUAUCCCCCGAGUGGUGGGUCUGGCCGCCGCCGCCGCCUCGGCGACGUGCGGCUUCUUCCUCCCCUUCCAUCCCGCUCCCCGUGACGUCACCAACCACUCCGCUCCACUCCACCAGCCGCCUCGCCUCUCUCUCUCCGACCCACCCAUCGACCGGAACGCGCGUCCCGAGGUCGGGGUAGCAGGGUCGGGAGGAGGGCAAUGGCGGUGGUGGGCGUCCUCGCGCUGCAGGGCUCCUACAACGAGCACAUGGCCGCGCUGAGGAGGAUCGGGGUGAGGGGCGUGGAGGUGCGCAAGCCGGAGCAGCUCCUCGGUGUCGACUCGCUCAUCAUCCCCGGCGGCGAGAGCACCACCAUGGCCAAGCUCGCCAACUACCACAACCUGUUCCCUGCACUUCGAGAGUUUGUCGGAGGUGGAAAGCCUGUCUGGGGAACCUGCGCUGGGCUCAUCUUUCUUGCAAACAAAGCAGUAGGGCAAAAAACAGGGGGCCAGGAACUUGUCGGAGGACUAGAUUGUACUGUCCACCGAAACUUUUUUGGGAGUCAGCUUCAAAGCUUUGAGACAGAGCUAUCUGUGCCAAAGCUUUCAGAGAAGGAAGGAGGGAAUAAUACAUGCCGUGGUGUAUUUAUACGGGCACCUGCUAUAUUGGAAGUAGGUCCAGAUGUUGAAAUAUUGGCAGAUUGUCCUGUUCCUGCUGACAGACCCAGCAUUACCAUAUCAUUUGGGGAGGGUACUGAGGAAGAAGUGUAUUCAAAAGAUCGGGUAAUUGUUGCAGUACGGCAAGGGAACAUCCUUGCAACUGCUUUCCACCCAGAAUUGACAUCAGACUCCAGAUGGCACCGCUUCUUCCUGGACAUGGAUAAAGAAUCCCAAGCAAAGGCCUUCUCUGCGUUGUCGAUAUCAUCAUCUUCAAGAGACACUGAAAACCUGCCAAAGAAUAAGCCGCUUGAUCUGCCCAUUUUUGAGUAACGCUACAAACAAGACGGUCAAAAGAUUGAAGAAAGGAAUGAAGAAACUGACCAUAUAUUUAUCAUUAGCUGGUUACAAAAACAAAAGGCUGAGAAUCUGUUUUACUCAGCCGGAAAGUGUUGUCUGGUAGCUAACUGUACCAAUUAAAAUAAUCAUGCUGUGUGUUGUACACAAUUCUUCAGAUAAGCAAAUAUUGUUUUGGAAACUACAAAUUUGCUGUGCAAUGAAAGGUUAUCAGUUGAACAUUGUGAUAA